UUUUACUGUUUGAAUCUCAGAGGGUAGUGUAUGUGUGAAGCAGCAGUGUUGUUAGAAGGAGUUUGAUCAAUUACCGUAUUUUUAUCAAUGUCGUCAUUAAAGAGACUACCAUUGCUACUAGUAGUAAUCAACUACCAUCUACAAGUAGCUCACGGAAGCUCCUCUCAAUGUGUAGCGCCAGAAACAAUAGGCUACUCAAUACGCCAGGAAUAUUGUGAUCAGCCUAUUUUUAACGUAUUUCUCCCAAAAACUGAGGAAAACCAGAUGUUGGACAACAUUUGCGCAACAUUCUUCCCCUUACCCGACGAUCCCAACACGUUCACGUUGCAUGUUGCUAGUGUUUACUGUGACGAAUCGUAUGACGUUCAGUCGUACAUUGGCGCCGACGUGAUUCCUGGCCAGGCUAUAGUUGCAAAUACGUUGAACACAUUUCGUGACUUUGCUGUUGGUUAUGCUGGAUGCGACACGAACAUCAUAUAUCGUUGUAAUGAGUUUGGAGUUGAAGUUCCAAGCUUCGUAUUUGGCGUUUCCCCACAGUGCAAACCUAUUGGACUUUCAUGUCUGCGGAAGAUCCAGGAAAUCAUCAAAGAACAGGGGUUGCCUGAAGUGGACUACCACAUUCUACCCAUGAAGCUGCCAAACAGAUGUGUAACACAACAGUUGUGCACGCAGCCCGCCAACCCCUUCUACAACAACCUGCAUAGUGUAGCUAUGUACUGAAAACAAAACAGUUCCUCUUCAGUUUAGCCCAAGAACAUUCCCAACUCGUAAUUAUUAUAAUAGCUUGCUAUACAACUACUUCAAUUACUUGGUAUUUUCAUAUAUUAUUUAAAGAACCUUAUCUUGGAUAUGGAACUACCAUUAUCAAGAUGUUCUUUGUGUACUUUUGCAAAUGAGUAAUAUAGCAUGUUAUAAAUAAUUAGAAAAUUGGAAUAUCAUUGUUAAAACCACAGGGUUUGUAUUCAUUGUUAAAACUAAUCCCUAGAUGGUUUUCGAUAAAUAUGUUGUACUCCUAAAAUGUUAAUUAUAAAUGUUUUGUGGGAUACCAAGAACA